AGCCUCUUGCUGAUUGGCGGAUGCGCUACCACUACUGAUCUCCAUCGUCUCGCCCUGCAUACAUCGGCAACUCGUAACGGACAAGUCUGCGUGUUCCGUCAUUCUCUUUCCUUUUUCUAAAAGAUUAUAUUUGUGGGUUCCACAAAACUGCCUUCGGCUGGCAUUGGACUAUAGCCUCUUGCAGCCUUCUCAUCUUGUAUUCGAGGGAGUCGUGUACGGAAAGCAAACACAUAGGAGGAACACCUCUGGAUCAACUUUAGCGUAUACACACUCGCGCACGAGUCGACUUACUCGCUCGUUGAGAGGAAGUUAUUCUCUCUCUGUUGCUAGAGCGCUUCUUUUUUUUUUGGUAGUCGUCUUCAUUCAUUAGAAGAGAAAAGAAAUAUAUAAUAGACAUCAACGAAUGUGGAGAAACGAGGGAGUACGUACUAGCUGAAAUCGUUGUAGAAGUCUCUGCUCCUUUUUUAAAAUAGUUAUUCUUACAUACACACACAAACCUUACAACCCGUCUCCAUAUUGUCCUCUUCCGUCUCGUACAAUCUUUUUUUCUUCUUCAACGUUUCGUUUUGACAGGUGUUGUCGGCUUCCUUCACGCUUUCGCUGAUCCUUCUUCUUUUUCUCUUCCGUUUGCUCGCUGAACGUUCUCACCAGAGACAAGAGAAUACACACACGUACACUCACACACUUGUUCUCUUGUAAUACACACGGAGAGGCAAACGUUGAACGCGACUUUCACCCGCCAUUUCAACGUUCACCGACGCUUUAUUAUAUAUAUAUAUAUAUAUAUAUAUUGUUUGACGUACAGUCCUUUUGAAGUCACAUUAGCGAAAUCCGCGAAAAAGGAAAAGAGCUGAGGAGGACCUGGAGUCUUCCGCUCAUUUGUUAAAAGUAUCUUUGACGGGUGUGUCAGCCAGUUAACGCUACGCCCUUCCUUUUUUCUUUCUUUCUUCUGCUCUUGCGUUUCUGACUUGCGGCUUUUGCGUUUGAUACGUCUGUGUCAAUCGUGUUUAUUAUUAAUAUACAUCUCUUUUCGUCCUCGCUUCUUGUGAAGAGGACGCAACGAAAGGCCUCUCUCUCUCCACCCCCCAAAAUGUUUGACCGCUCUUUUCCGUGCCUGCGGUCCGCCGCCAUGGCCUUCCGCGGCUCUGCCGGUGCGGCCGCCCUCUACGCGUCCGCCACUUCCUUUUGGGCAUCCGGUGCCCCUUCGCUGCCCAACGCCCUCGUCGAGGCGCGCCGGCAUCACACCAAAGCCACGCCCCCGCUGCACCUCCUGCGCCGGCACAACGAAAAGGCGAGCAUGACGGCGGGCAACGGCGGUCUGGCGGACGCUGCGGCAAUCGCGAAGGGCGUGCCGACGACGACGUGCAGCUGCGGCUGCCACCAUCCUACGCAGACAACGUUGACGAUGCCGUCCAUGUCAUUUUCCACCACGCCGUCGCGCUUACCGCACCGCCGCCAUCAACUCGGCGCCCCGGCAGAAAAGGUGGAGAGCGAAGUGGCGAGCUUCGUGGGGGGCCGUCUCGUGCAGUCCCUCCAGCGCGAGCAGCCGCCGCGCGGCUCUGGCAUUCAGCCGCUGCUGGACUACAACAAGCAGUGGGCGAGCGAGAUCUCCCGACUCAACCCGGAAUACUUCACGGAGCUGGCGAAGCAGCAGACGCCGCAGUAUCUCUGGAUCGGCUGCAGCGACAGCCGGGUGCCCGCCAACGAAAUCGUCGGUCUCUACCCCGGCGACGUGUUUGUGCACCGCAACAUCGCGAACAUUGUCUGCAACAGCGACCUGAACGCGCUGGCGGUGCUGCAGUACGCGAUUGACUGCUUGAAGGUCGAGCAUGUCAUCGUCUCGGGGCACUACAAGUGCGGUGGGGUGACGGCGGCGCUGAAGGACACCCGAGUGGGGCUCGCCGACCACUGGAUUCUGCAUGUCUCGGCGGUGAAGAAGCGACACUGGAAGCGCUUGGUGGCCGACGUGCCGGAGCGCAACCACCUCGACGCGCUGUGUGAGCUGAACGUGCUGGCGCAGGUGGAGCACAUCGUCGAGACCCACCUGGUGCAGCGGGUGUGGACACGGCAGAACGCCGAGGAUGCCGCGGCGAAGCGCGAGGGCCGGCCGACAAACAACCGCCCUGAGGACGAGGUGGACAUUCACGGUUGGGUCUACGGGCUAGCGGACGGUCUCGUACGUCCGCUGCUGACGCUGAACCGCCGCUCCAUCAUCGAGCGCGAGCUGCAGGACGCGACGAACGCCCUCUUCUGGCGCUACGGACAGAUCUAA